AUGGAUCAAAAUCCAAUAUUAAUUCAACGACACCACCAUCGCCAGAAUUUCGCACAGAAGGCACCUCCAGCGCCCUUGUUUCUGAUACAUGAUGGAGGCGGAACAGUUUUCUCCUACUUUCUUCUAGAAUCACUUGGGCGUACUGUCUACGGAAUCUCCAAUCCAAAUUUCGAAACUGAGUCAACAUGGGAAAAUGGCAUUGCGAGCAUGGCGGAAUACUACGUCAAUUUGAUCAAAGCUACUUAUCCUUCAGGCCACAUACUUCUAGGUGGCUGGUCUCUCGGUGGUCUUAUCGCUAUCCAAGCGGCACACAUUCUCUCCAAUGAUCCCGAACUGAAAGUUGUUGGUAUCGUUAUGAUAGAUAGCACAUUUCCUGUAGAAGGGCAAUUCAAUAAGGCGCGCAGACUUGCGUUCAUGGCAGAAACAUCUACAAGUCCAGACAUGAAAGAGAAGACAAGAAAGUGUAUGGAUGAGGCUCGAAUACAAAGCAGAGAAUGGAAGGCUCCAUCCUGGCGGAGUUCUGCUACUGAGACCCUGGAUAAUCAUAGCCAGACUAUCAAUGUGCAGAUCCAUGAUCAUGUAACGCCUACGUGCCCUCCUACAGUACUAAUUCGGGCCCUUGACGACGGCUCUAAUAACAGUCGAGAUUUGAAUGAAACGUCUCCUACGGAGACAUCCAACGACAGUGAAACGCAAGCGUUAGGGUUCGACAGAUAUCAGAACUUCAACUUGCGAUAUGUAGUGAAUACUCCAGGUGACCAUUUCAGUAUUUUCAACAAGGAAAACGUUAAGGAGCUGAGCAAAAAAGUCAAAGAGGCAUGCGAUAAGCUUGUAAUGAAGUCCUAG